AUGAAACACUACAAAAAAUAAAAACUGGAUGCUUAAUUAUUCAAUGUUGAAAAAGUUGUAGGAAAGAGAUAUGACCCUGAAACUAAUGAAUUAUAAUAUUGUAUUAAAUGGGAAGGUUAUCCUGAUGAAGAAAAUACUUGGGAACCUGUACAUAAUCUUUCAAAUGUUCUAUCAUUUAUUUAAGAAUAUGAAGCUAAUCACAUUACUUAUAAAAAAAAACCUAAAGUACUUAUUGAUGAUAAAAAACUUAAAUAACUCCUCCUCAACAAACUAAAUCAAUUUCUAGAAUAAAUGGCACCUAAGUAUGAAUUGUAAGAAAUCAACUUGAGUGAUUUCGAUAGCUCAGAAGAAAACAAAGAUUAGCAACAACAACAAUAAGAAACUGAACCUAAAACUAUGCCAGAACCAUAUUAACCAAAAUCUCAUAUUUUAACUCAAGGCUUUCAUUGGUGUCCUUAAAAUUAUCAAUCUAAUAUUGAUUAUUGAAAAUAU